GUCUGGCUGGUUAUCGCUGCGAGCAGAAGCCCAACAACGGAUAGUCACUAUAAAAUCGUUGUUUCUUAGCGAUUGCUGGUUACUUCUCGGCUACGUCUCAAGUCUGUAACAAGAUUGUUUCGCUUAAUCGUGCGAUCUUCCGUUUUGAGCUGGCUCAUAUCCGUGAGUUUAUAAUUCGCGCAUUUUUUCCGCGGCACCAACCGCGACAGUGCUUUCAAAGUUGCGAUCUCUCCAAUUGCGCGCUCCUCGCCUGUCUGUGAGCCCGGGGUGAGAAAAUUGCUGCUACUUCAACUGAUUGCUGCAUACAAUCGCGGCGGCUGCUGUUGGGUAUAGUGCCAAGAUCCACAAACGACGAGAGCCAGACGAGGGUCAGCCAAGUGGAAAGUAGCAACUAGCCGUGGCAGAGUGGUGUUUUCGCGAAUUUUUUUUCCGGCGAGCUGAAGAACGACAAAUUUGCCAUUGUUCAAACUUUAUGCCCAUUUCCGUGACAUUUGUUGAAGAGGAAAAGUCAAAUAAGUUUUUCAAUCAUAUUACUUUCUUUGCAUCCGUCAGUUGCAGUGCAGUGGAGUACAGUUUAUAGCUUCCAGUCAGGAUUGCAAGUUUCGUUUUUUUAUUCUACGAAGUGUGGAACAAAGUUUGCCGGCUUAAGUAGAGUGCUCUAUUUUGUUAGCAAAGUUCUAAAAACGGGAACGCAGUGUCGCCACAAUCAACUACCGAAUCGAAGUGCUUCCGGUGAGCGUGGAAAUGAAUACGGCGGAGCGAGCUUGGAAGGUACUGCUGCUGAUCUGCGUGGUAGCGUUGAACGUGACGCACUGUCAACAGCCCAUUGGACAAGCAUUCGCUGGCGACCGAGGCGGUCGAUUAUUUCAACCGGCUCAGGAGGGUUCCGCAUCGGGAGCAACAGAUUCCAUCAAGGUCGGCGACGGAACCCGAAACGAUGCAGCCCGGGCUUUAAGGAGCAGCUACUACGCGGGAGCUCCCAGUGAACGGAUCUUUGAUCUUGGACUAUUUGGAAAGCCGUACUACGGUAACCGAGGGUAUUAUCCAGGAGGAGGAGGAGCAGGCUACCCAGGAGCUGGAGGGUACUACCCUCAGGGAGGCUAUUAUCCGCAAGCAGGAGGAUAUUAUCCGGGGGCUUACCCGGGAUCGUCCGGCUACUACCCGGGAUCAAAUUCCAUUGGUGGUAACCCUUAUGGCGGAUAUGGCGGCUACGGAGGUUAUGGGGGCUAUGGCGGAAUCGGAGGCGGCUAUGGUGGAUACGGUGGCUACGGAGGUAAUGGUGGUUUGCAGUCCUAUCUGGGCUACAGCGGUGGUAAUUAUUUUGGCAGUCGAAAUCUAGGCUACGGUUACUAUGCCGGAACGAAUCCGGUUGGAGUGUCCAGCUCUAGUUUAGUUAGCGGUUACCGGGGUUACAAUUGAAACCGCUUCGCUGCUGUAAUUGAUUGUGAUGGUUUCCAUAGUUUUAACGUUUGUGGUAAAAUUUGAUAGUUUGUUUGUCUCUGUGUGUGUAUGUGUUUGUGCGAUUGUACGUCUCAAUUCGUUACCAAAGCGUGUGCUAAAUGUGAUAUAUAUAUCGGAUAACUAACCCGACCAAUUUAACCCAGUGAUCCAUUCGAAGCCAAUAACUUAUUACGAUUUGUAGAAUUGAAUAAUAAACUAUU